AUGGGCAAACCCAAGCGCAAGCACGAAUCCGACUCGGACGGCGAAGUCAAGCCCAACAUCCGGGACGAUCCGCCUGCCAAAGCCAGGAAGUGGACUGGCGACGAGUAUCAGCUGCUUCUGAAGCUGGUCGUUGAAAAGGGCACCAGCGAGGCGUUCAAGUCGGUCCCUGGCAGGACAUACAACCAGACCCGGCUGGCCUGGCGCACAGCAGAAAUGGAGCGCAAUCCCUCUGUCUCCCCAGACGAGGACUGCAAGCCUUCGAUCUCGGACGCCGAGUUCGAGCCCUCGCCUUCCCCUCCGCCUUAG